GUCAAUUGUCAUUCGUUUGACGUAAAAAAGCAUCUUUUUGUGGUUGCAAUUUUUAUUUUGUGUAUGAAUUCUCAUAAAAAUCACAAUGUCCGAUAAACUCAACCUUCCACUUGACCGACAUGAUAUGAAGAAUAGAGCCACAUCUCAUCUACGAAUAUAUGUUGGUGGUUUAACUGAGCAGGCUACUGCUGAAGCGUUAUUUGACCAUUUCAACCAAUUCGGCCAGAUAAAUGGUAUAGUAGUGAACAGAAACUUUGGGUUCGUACAGUUUGAGGAAGAGUCUCAUGCCCAAGCUGCUAUUGCUAAGGCUGAUGGAAGUGUGUUUCAAGGGAAAACUCUUAGUGUGAGAACAGCACAAGCUAAUCCAGAUAAAAGGCGUGAGGAGGCCCCAGCAGAAUUGCCUCCAGCUGCAGCAGGAGAAAAUGUAGCAGGGGAGGAAGACGCAGCUGAGGAAUAUGACAGCUACGGAAACUAUAUUGGUGGAGAUCCAAAUUACCAAGAAGAAUAUGAAGAAAGUCCAGGAUAUGGACCGGGUAUGGGCUGGAAGGAUGCCCGGGGUCGGGGCCGCGGGAUGCUCAGAGGCCGCGGGCGCGGCAUGAGAGGCAGGGGCGCUCCGCCCGGCUUUAGAGAUCGCUCCCCAAUAUCUGGCAGAGAUCGCGGCUUCGACCGGUACCCUCAGAAACUGCCUGACUACCCCAGAGCUGUGCCGGUAUCGGAAAGAAAUGACUGUGAAAUUAUUGUGGUGUCCAAAGCACUAACCGAAUACGCGGAAUAUAUCGAAGGUCGGCUAAAACAUCUAGGCAUCGUAGUCGAUCUCCUGUUCCCGAUGGAAGAUGUCCCCAUCGGGAAGGUACUUGGCAACAUCGCGUCGAGAGGCUGCCUCUACGCCAUACUAGUCAUGCCGCAGAAUCAGGAGCACAGAUCAAUGACGUUGACCAUACUACACGGGUUACCGCAAGAGCACCGCAACAUGCCAAUAGAAGACGCUCUCCAGCUGGUCUCUCGCAACUUCCAAGAGGUGCAGCGCGGCGGGCCGGCCGGGCGCGAGGCGGUGUACGCGCUGCUAGGACAGCUGGCCGACGGCCGCGCGCUCACCGUCAUGCAGUACGACAAGGUCAUCGAGUACUUGCAGGAGCGUCGUGCGCAGCAAGUGAAAAUCGAGUUAGGCGAGCCCACAACCCCAGCGCCGACGCAAAACAAAGCGUCAGUGGACCUUCAGCAAAGAAUCCUCAGUAUCCUCAACGACAAGAAGGUGCUUCCCGCCGUCACGCCGCCGACCCCGCCUCCCGCGGCGCCCGCCGCCCCCGCCGAUAACAAACUACUCAGCGACCCGACCGUCAAAAAGGCAUUAGAAUCCAUACUGCAAAAGUUCACGUAAUUGUAAGCCAUGUACACAAACCUAUAUUCGAGUAACCCAGUUCUGGUUUAAU